AUGGAAAAUAUUCCAAAGGAUAUACAAAUAAAUAAUACUCAUCAACAAGGAAAUAUGUUAGAUGAUACUAUUGAAGUUAAGUCAAUGUGCAUAAAUUGUGAAAAAGAAGGAAUAAAUAAAAUUGUUAAAAUUGAGAUACCUUAUUUUAAAAAUGUUUUAAUACAUUCUUUUGAAUGUGAAUUUUGUAAUUACAAAAAUAAUGUUAUCCAAGAUUUGAAUACUAUAAAAGAUAAGGGUAUAAAAAUAAUUUUUAAAGUAACAAAGGAUGAACAUUUAGAUAGACAGUUAAUAAAAUCAGAAUAUGGAAUUUUAAAAAUUCCUGAAAUUGAUUUUGAAAUUCCGAAAGAAACUCAAAAGGGAUCUAUCAAUACAAUUGAAGGUUUUAUACAAACAGCGUUAAAUAAUCUAAGUGUUUAUUUAGAAAAUAUAAAAAGUAUGUAUAAUGAAGCUAAUGAAGGUAAUGAAGAAAAUAUUCACGAAGUAGAAAAAGAAGGAAAAGAAGAAAAGGAAAAAGAAAAGAUAGAUGAAAAAGAUAUAAAGAAAGAAAAACAAGAAAAUAAUGUAGAGGAAGAAAAAAAAAGUAGCAAUAAAGUAAAUAAAAACGAAACUUCUAAUGAAAAUAAUGCGUGUAAACAAAUAACAAUAGAAAAUUACAUAAAAAUGAUCGAGUCAACAAUUUAUAAUUUAUCGAAAUAUGUUAUAUCAAAAGAAUUCCCAUUCACCAUUGAAAUUAUUGAUCCUUCAGGACUAAGCUCUCUUGAAUAUUAUGAUGAAGAUAUAAAAAAUAAUAUAGUUACAAUAGAACAUUAUGAAAGGACUAAAAAAGAAUUAAAUGAAUUAGGUUUUUAUGAGGAAGAUUUUGAAGAAAAAGGUGUAGAUGGCAAAGAAAGCUAUAUGAAUCAUAGUGAAAAUAAAUUAAAUGAAGAACAUAAUAUAAAGAAGGAAAAUUUCGAUUUCAUAAAAAAAUAUAUUAAUAAUAAUGAUAAAAAUGCAACCAUGAACUAUAAAACUGCAAGUGAUGAUGAAGAAAAAUUAAUUGAAUCAUUUACAUCUAAUUGUCCAUGUUGCAAUUAUUUAGGAUCCAAUAAUUUUUGUGAGAUUGUUAUACCAGGUUUUAAAAAAUGUUUAAUCUUAUCAUAUGUUUGCGCAAAUUGUAAUUUUAAAACAAGCGAAAUAAAAAGUAGUGGAGAAAUUAAUCCUAAAGGGAAAAAAAUUACUCUCACGGUAAAAAAUAAAAGUGAUUUAGACAGAUUUGUAAUUAAAUCAGAAACAGCAUCUAUUCAUAUUCCAAUUAUCGAUUUAACUUCAGAUUAUGGUACACUUGGUGGUUCAUUAACCACUGUUGAAGGACUAAUCAUAAAAAUUAUCGAAUCUUUAGAAGAUAAAUUCAAAUUUUUGCUUGGGGAUUCUAAUAUAUAUAAUCACAAGAAUAAGAAUGAAAAUACAGAAGAUAUAAUUAACGAUGAUGAUUCCAUGACUAAAAAAAUUAAAGAUUUAAUUACUAAUUUAUAUAAAUUAUGCAAAUCAGAAGAAUUAUUUCCUUUUGAUUUGAUAAUUGAUGAUAUAGCAUCUAAUAGUUAUAUUUCUAGUGAUAAAAUUGAUGAUGAAAAUUUAAAAGAAGAAGAAUAUGAAAGAACAUUUGAACAAAAUGAUAUGCUAGGUCUUACUUCUAUGAAGACAGAAGAUUAUUAA